GGAGCGUCAUCUCAGAACGCUGAACUUACCAAUUUCGAAAUUGAGUCUUUAGAUAAGACCAACCGAAUAAAAAUCGAAGGUGCAUAUACUAUAGAUAACCUACCUAUUAAAAGAGCAGAAAUCCCACCAACGGACUUCCAAGAAAGAUGGAAACACUUGAAAGGUGUACAACUACCCUCCAUAGCCUGUGACAAGGUUGGUUUGUUACUUGGUGUUGACGUUCCUGAGGCCCACUGGGUACUCGAUCAGCGUAUCGGAAAACCUAAACAACCCUAUGCUUCACUAACCAUGUUAGGGUGGGCUUUAUUUGGACCAACGGGUCAACUUAAUAAAACUUCAGUCUUCAUGAACUGUUUAAAAGCGAAAAAUUCCCUUGAGGAGGAUAUUCUCAAAUUAUUUGAACAUGAAUUUUCUGAAAAUAAAUACUCUGAUAAGGUUACUAUGUCCCUAUGUGAUAAGACCAUUAUGGAGAUUACUGACAAGCAAACAGUAUUGCUCGAAGGACAUUAUCAAGUGCCGAUACCCUGGAAGGUGGAUUGGCACUCACUUCCAAGGAAUAAGCGCGAAAUAGAAAAACGACUAAUUUACCUACGGAAAAGGUUGCUAAAGGACGAACAGCUUCGGAAACAAUAUAAUAUAUAUUAGCUACCCACGAAAGUAAAGGAUAUUUGUCUCGAGUAACUCAAGCUAUCGAAGAAGAAAGGUAUUUUAUUCCACAUCAUCCCGUAUUUAACCCUAAAAAACCAGGUAAAGUUCGGAUAGUCUUCGAUUGUGCUGCUAAGUUACAAAACAGAUCUCUAAAUGAUUGUAUAUAUUCUGGACCAGAUCUUACAAACGACCUAGUGGGAGUUUUGCUUAGAUUCAGAAAGCAUAAGAUUGGAUUGUCAGCAGACAUUGAAGAAAUGUUCCUCCAGGUACAUCUACCCGAAAAGGAUACAAAGGCCUUCAGCUUUUUAUGGUACCCCGAUGGCAAUCUUGAUUCUCCUCCUGAGGUCUAUGAGUUGCAUGUACACCCUUUCGGGGCUACGUCCUCGCCGUUUUGCGCUACCUAUGCUUUAAGACGUACAGCUACAGACCACCGAGAUUUGUUUGAUGAAAAAACCCAGUCCACCUUACGAGAAAAUUUUUAUGUAGACGAUUGUCUAGUCUCAGUAGAAACAAUAUCAGAAGCUGCCGAGUUAGCAAAGAACCUGAUAAGACUCGUUGCGCUUGGAGGUUUUCGUUUACAUAAAUGGGUUAGUAACGUAAAUGAAGCGCUGAAUGACGUCCCUAUAGGUGAUAGAUCAAACAAUUUGGUUCGUAUACCAGGUUCAACAGAACGUAUACAGAAAACUUUAGGACUUUGUUGGCACACGCAAUCCGAUUGUUUUGCAUUUGACGUAAAUCUUCCCGAACGCCCGAUCACUAAGAGAGGCAUUCUAUCAUGUGCAUCAUCGUUAUAUGACCCGCUUGGAUUUCUAGCGCCUUUAUCACUUACCCCUAAACGAAUUCUGCAACAGCUAUGUCGUAAAAACUAUGGGUGGGAUGAGAUGAUAGAUGAAGAGUCACGAUUGAGUUGGGAAGGUUGUUUAGAAGCAAAGAGUUCUAUCGAGGACGGACCCACGCCACCCUCUUCUUUGACCACAGUAGCGCCUGAAAACUCUUCAAAUCGUUUGUUGCCGUUCAUAGAUGAUCCUGGUUUAUGCCUUAAACACUCUCCUGAUGUGGCACUCUUAGUCGAUGAUGAUGAUGUGCGCUCACUCAUAGUAGCAGCAACCGCUGUUAAGACUGAAGAUUUCAGGGUUCAUCAAGGUUUACCGUCAGUUCGUUCUUCUGGAUUUGACACUCCACCUGAUUCAAGAAGUAACCGACUUAUAGACACCUUUGACUCUGUAUCUAAAAAGACAGACGAGAAUCUAAUGGAUUUAGAACAAGUUAUUUCAUUACAGGCUGUUGACGAUGAGUACCUUCUAAAAACUGUCAACGAUAGUCACGUCGAUACAGUAGUGAAUAUUGACCUUAGAUAUAUUUCUCCUCCAGACAAAAUUCUUCCAACAGAUAGCGGCGAGUUAAUGUCAUCGAAAACAUCUGUUAGGUUCUCUGCCGAAACAGAUCUCCCUAGUGUUUCUGACGUGAACGAUAGUGCUAAAUCUGUAAUACUACUACACGAGUCAUCAAUUAGUUGCAAAGCAACAACAACUCAGUUCUCUGCAAAUACGAAACUUGUAUCUCCUGUAGUAGCGUCUGCUGAGAGUUCUAUUGACAUCAAGCGUGAAACAGAGAAUCAGAAAGAUGAUUGUUUUAUUCACUCUGCUGAUGAUGAUAAGAAGUUUAAGACAACUGUAUCCAUCUCCCCUUUAGUUGAGUUAGACAAGCAGAUACAACAUCCAUUACCAGACUUUAAUGAUAGUAGAGUAGCCGAAGAAAUGACUCAUCGGAACAUAGAAUGGCACCAUAACACUCCUUACGCAAAUCAUCAUCGAGUAUGGGAAAGAUUAAUAGGAAGCAUACGUAGACUUUCGAGCGCAGUAUCUAUGUCCUACGAGACACUCACCACCUGUUUGACUGAAGCAGAGAGAAUACCUAAUGAUAGACCACUCUUACAGACGCGAACGAAAUGGACACAAGGAAGACGAGAUUUACAAGUUCGCGGUCCAGUCUUGAUUAUUGGAGACACUUGUACACGAAAUUACUGGCCUAAAGGCCUCGUGGUAAGUUUUGAUCCAGGAGGAGAUGGUCUAUGGAACCAAGCGAAGAUCAGAACGUGGAAGGGUACAAUUAUUAGAGGCAUAUGUAAAAUUUGUUUAUAAGAAGGAGCUGAUGACCGAAAAGUAGAGGAUAGAGAGACUUUUCAGAGUGACUGUGGCUAGAGUAAAUUGUACCAUUGUCACCUCUGAAUGUUUUUACGUUAAUACCUAAUCUGCGAAAGUAAGGAAAGACAUGCUAUCUUAGGGGGGCGGUGUUAAGUUUGUCUUACAGUGUUCCUACAUGUUCCUUUUCUACUCUUUUGUAUGUUGUUUUAUACUACUUAUUUACAUUCAGUAGGCAGUUGUAUACCCAACAAUUUUCACACUUAUGUUGUAACUCAAGUUGUACUGUAACAUUCUGGAAUGUUCACAUAUAUCUUUAAUGUUUAUUUUACUUAUAAUUGUAUUUAUCAUUAUAAUCACUGUAAUUUAAUUACUGUAAAGGUUAUCCACAGUUUUAUGCAUUUGUUUGAAUGCAACGGUUUCCAUAUUGUUUGCUCUUGGUUCGAGUUUCGGUUGUUCAUAAACUGUUACCAAAUUUAGACACAGCUAUCGGCUGUCUUUGGACUAUCGUAUGUUGUAAUCAUUCUUUAUGUUACUCUUACAGGAAGCCUUUGCUAUUUUUAUUCUUGAACGACGCGUUUGAACGCCCAGACACCUCACAAGUUGAGGUUUGUAACUAAAUUUCGUAUAUUAUUUAAUAAAGAACCGCUUUUGUAGA